AUUAAAAUGCUGACUGAUGAAUAUUCCGGAUACAAUAUAUCUUUUUAAAAGGGGAAAACCGAUUUUAUCAAAUGCUUAUCAUGCAUAUUUAUUUAAAACAAUACUUAUAUCUUCAAAACAACAUGGAUAAGAAUCAUAUAUUUAGAAAAGUUUUUUCUUUCAUAUUCAAAUUACAUCGGGUUCGUAUUGCUCGGUUUCAUGAUUAAAGUUAUACAUAUGAGAUAGCAGGUGGUAAAAAUAGCAAAAUCUCUGCGAAAAUGGAUCUACUAGGCUCCAUUCUUGGUAGUAUGCAAAAGCCACCUACGAUGGGUGAUGCAGAGAAGAAAAAGGCCAAAGAACAAAAAGCGCUACUCGAGAGACAACAAGAAAAAGAGAGAAAAAAGUUACAGGAAUUCAGAGAAAAGAUACAAAAGAAAAUACAUGACUUCAUCAAAGAUGGAACACAAGAAAAGUACAAGUUUGAGCCUAUGGAUAAAGGAUGGCGAGCUAUUGUGCAUGAAGUUUCUGAUGUUGCUGGGUUAACCUCAUUUUCCUUUGGUAUAGAGGAGCAUGACAGAUAUGUCAUGGUGUGGAAGAGGGAGUUCGCGCCGACAGACGAUGAAGUAAAUGCACUGAGAGCUGGCAAAGAAUGGGAUCCAGAGAAAGCCAAAGAACUAGAAAAACAAAGAGAAUUAGAGAGAUUAAGUGAAGAAGAGAAUUCAUCCACCCAAAAGAAAAUUAUUCCAAAUUCCAACUACAAGGAUAAGUACAAACAUUUGAUUGGAGAAGAAUCAGCGAAGCAAGCAGCAAAGCAGACUACAGCCAACAGGUCGUAUGGAUUUGUACCAAGUGAAAAUAAACGUGACCACAGGACAAUUGAAGAAGUUUUAGCAGAGACCAGAGCCAAGAAAAAGUUGAAGACAGAGGCACAGAAAAAUGUUGUUGAUUGUCCCACCAAGGAGAAGCCAGAAUCCUCCAACGAAAACUCAAACAGUCAAACAUCCGAGUCAUUAGAAUCAGAUUCAGUCAAUAUAUGACAGGUUACAGUCCAUAAUAAUCCAGACUAAGAUAAUCUGCACACGUGAUGACUUUCAUGUUUGUUUUAAUCCUCUUUUGUGUCUUUUUUUUUUAUUGUUUUAAAUGUAUGCAUAUCUUUGUACAAUAGAUUAAAGCUGGUUUUGAUAUG